GAGAAAUGCUGGUGGUUAGCUUCAUCAAAAGGAAAACAAGUGAGAAGUUCCAGCUAGCUUUGGAAAAGAAAAGAAAACAAGUGAUUGCUUUGCUUUCCUCAUUUUUGGAAGCCCUGCCUACCACACAGCUGCAGUGGACAUCCCGGUUCCUUGAUGGACGAAGAAGGCCAACCGAUCCAGCCUCAAGACGAGAGCUGCUGGGCCACCCUUCCCGAUGUGUGCCUACAUCGUAUUUUCUGGUGGCUGGGAGACAAAGACAGGUCCAGAGCGGCCCUUGUCUGCAGAAAGUGGAACCAGAUGAUGUAUUCGGCUGACCUCUGGCGAUACAGGACUAUCACGUUUACUGGGAGACCUUCCAGGGUACACGCGUCCGAAUUUGUGUCGGCUCUUUGGUAUGUUAAGAAAUUCGGUCGUUAUCUGGAGCACCUGGAGAUCAAAUUGCUGCAUCCUUACAACGCUGUCCUGACCAAGAAGUUCCAGGUCACCAUGCAAAGCCUUCUCUCGUGUCUGGGCAAGAGAAACAACCGUCUGAAAUCUCUGUCCAUCCAGUACCUGGAACUGGACCGCCUGGUCUGGAGGAACAGUAUCAGGAACUUGCUCAUGAAAAGCUUGAGCUCAUUCUUGAAGAAAAUGGGCAAACACCUGGAUUAUCUCAGCCUAAAAGGGGCUAGGCUCACCGUGGGGCAAGGCUGCCACAUCCUCAACUCCCUGAGCUACUCAAGGAAAGAGAGUGUGGUGUCAGAGCUCAACCUCGAGGACUUCUUCAGCCACCACCUCACCGUCUACAGCAGCCCCCAGUUCAACAAGACCAUGGCCACGUUCCACAGCCUGGAGUCCCUGAGCCUCAACUACAACUGCAUCUCCGACGAGCUGCUGGAGAACUUGUGUGAGAACAAUGCCGGCACCCUCUGGACCAUGAACAUCAAGUGCCACAGUCAUGACCCCCACGAGCAGGUCAUCUGGGGCAUGUCCUGGGCCAAGCUGGCGAGGUACGCCACCAACCUGAGAGUCAACUUCUUCUUUGAGCAAGUCAUGGAGUAUGAGCGCUUGGCCCGGAUCCUCCUGCAGGAGAUCCCCAUCAGGAGCAUCAGUCUGAGAAACUGCUCUUUCAGCGACCCCGACUGGUCCAUGAGGCCCACUCUGACGGAUCUCCUGCCCACCUUCCGGCACACUCUGCAGAAACUAACUUUUGAGUUCAACAACAAAAAUGAGUCUCUGGACAAGGAGCUGCACCGCCUCAUCUUAUCCUGCAGGAAGUUGUUUUACUUCAAAAUCUGGGCUUUCCUUGAUGUUAAGUUUGUGGAGCAGAUCCUGCAGAGUCAGGAAGAAGGGCGGUGUGCCCUGCGCACACUCAAGGUAACGAGCGCUCUCCAGAGGAAGAAAGCCAAGAGCACUUUGAACUUGACAAUCCGAGCCUCACAGAAUGACACUUGGGGCAUCCCUUACCCCCACCCCUUUUUCUCCUCUCUCUUCUCUUUACUAGUUUCACACCAACAUGACACCCCAGCAACGGCUGGGACUUCUAUGUGAAGACCCCAGGUGACUUUAAAGUGCUAUCUUUACCAACUAUCCGGGGGUGAUUUCUUUUUUUGUCAUUUGGUUUUGCUUUUUGACCCUCACUCAGCCACAGAGCUGAAAGCCCAAAGUCGCUUGGAGCAGUGUCUUACUCGGGGACCCUGACUAAUCUCCCUCUGGAAAAGGUGUAAGUAGACAGAGAGCAAAUAGAGCAGCUGCAUUUUCCACUGACUGUCAGUGUCAAUUCAGAAACACUUUCUAUCCUGGCUGACCUUCACAUCAGAGCCUCCUGCCACUGACGCUGGCCAGGCCUGAUCUCAGAUGAAUGAAAUUCACCAGCACAUCCUAGAGUGAAGCAGGGAAAUUCCCUCGUUUAGAAGGCGCCUGCUCAGAGCCGGAACUCCCUCCCACAGGAGAUCAGCCCCUAAUUUAUCAGUGUUGUGGACUCGGGUCUCCCGCAUCUGCUUUUCUGGUGUCUCCUUUAUUCCCCAUCCAGGCAGCAUGGCGCCCAGCCUGCUACAAACGUUCAGUUCUCAUGUGGGGCUGAACCAGAAGUGGCCUUUACACUCAUAUUCACGAAGAAUCUGUAAUGUCCUGGAGAACUAUUCCUAAUGCGAUGUUAAGUGAAACAGUAGCCCUUGAAGAGGAACUAAAAGUCCUUGACUUUCCUUAAUGGUUAAACUAUGAUUAUUUUGUCUUCUUCGACUGUUUGCAUUUCUUUCUGCAUAUUCUUGCUUCUCUGAUUAAAUUUAUUCUUUGGCUAAAGUUUUUCUACAGACAAGAGGUGGCAGAGGGUAAGGGGUAUCUGUCCCAGGAAGGCCCCAUAGGGUCCUGCUUGGUUAUAAUCUAAGGAGAGCUCCCAGGUCUUAGUUGCUGAAACCAGAAGGGCCCUUGGGAGCCAUCUAGUGCCUGUGGACCAGAAACGAGGCAGCUUGCUUUAGCAGAGAGGGAAGGCUCAGCUGGAGUGCAGACCACCUGGGAGACUGACUGAUUGAUUGAUUGGUAUAAUGACUUAUUCAUGCUGUGGACCAGUUCUGGUUAGUUUCCUUUCAUCCCCAAACACAGAAUCUAAGCAUAGAGGACUCUUUUAUGGAAAAUAUGUUAACAGAAGUAACAUUUUUAUGAACAUGUUUUCCAUAAAAGAGUGAAUUCGUUUUCCAGUUUUGCAAAUCUCUUGCACAUCCCACUUAAUAGCAGACAGCUGGGUUCUCAUCCGGGUUUCUGUGGUCUGUCAUAACGUCAAACGCCGUGCGUGAAGCCUCCGCAAAACUCCAGAGAGAAUUAGAGUGAAAAAGGCACGUAACGUCUUGCUAUUAGUGGAUCUCUUGAAAAACGGUUUCAAGGACCCUCAAAGAUUCACCUGAAAAAAAAAAAAAGAUUCCCCUGACCACACAGAGAGCUACCGCACAGACCUUCCUGUUCCCCGAGGAAUCGAAACAGCAUCAAGCCCAGGAGAGUCCUAGUGGGAAUGUGCAGAGGACACGAGGUUUCCGAACCCACAGAUUUUUAACAGGUAUCCACUUUUUUAUUUACCGCAUUCAGAGGCGCAGUGGUAGGUGGAGACACAGACUUGUGGCAUCGCUGGGUGACAGCUUAUCCACGCCUGUCCUCCAGUGCAGGGCAAGAGGCCGGAGGGCCGCUCCCACACUCCUCCCCCUGCUGAGGGUCCGCAGAGAGCACGCGGUUCUUUGCAGAAACGCGCAGAAGAAACUGGCAUGUCCUGUCUUGUACUUAUGAGCAGGAAACACAUUCUGACUUCC